AGGGUUGUAAUGUGUCCUAAAAAAGGCUUGAGGUUCUGAAGCCCUGGUGACAAGGCUCCUAUAUAAAUACGGGACAGGUGAACUAGCUGCUCACUCUCUUUUUUUCUACCGCUCUUGAGGGAGCAAGUUUUCCAGGCCUCUUGUGCAAGCUCUCCCGGCUGUCUAAGCAAACAUGUGCGACGAGGAAGAGACCACCGCUCUGGUGUGUGACAAUGGCUCUGGUCUGGUGAAGGCCGGCUUUGCCGGGGAUGACGCACCCAGGGCUGUGUUUCCCUCCAUUGUGGGCCGACCCCGCCAUCAGGGUGUCAUGGUCGGUAUGGGUCAGAAAGACAGCUAUGUAGGAGACGAGGCCCAGAGCAAGAGAGGCAUCCUCACCCUCAAAUACCCCAUUGAGCAUGGCAUCAUCACCAACUGGGAUGAUAUGGAGAAGAUCUGGCACCACACCUUUUACAAUGAGCUCCGUGUGGCUCCUGAGGAGCAUCCCGUCCUCCUGACAGAGGCUCCUCUGAAUCCCAAGGCCAACAGGGAGAAGAUGACCCAGAUCAUGUUUGAGACCUUCAACGUCCCGGCUAUGUAUGUGGCCAUCCAGGCUGUCCUCUCACUGUACGCCUCUGGCCGUACCACAGGUAUUGUGCUGGAUGCUGGUGAUGGUGUGACCCACAAUGUGCCCGUAUAUGAGGGUUACGCCCUUCCACAUGCCAUCAUGAGACUGGAUUUGGCCGGCAGAGACCUGACUGACUACCUGAUGAAAAUCCUGACUGAGAGAGGCUACUCGUUCGUCACCACUGCCGAGAGGGAGAUUGUUCGUGACAUUAAGGAGAAGUUGUGCUAUGUGGCUCUGGAUUUCGAGAAUGAAAUGGCCACCGCCGCCUCCUCCUCAUCUCUGGAAAAGUCCUACGAGUUGCCCGACGGUCAGGUCAUCACCAUUGGUAACGAGAGGUUCCGCUGCCCCGAGACCCUCUUCCAGCCCUCUUUCAUUGGUAUGGAGUCUGCUGGUAUUCAUGAGACCACUUACAAUGGCAUUAUGAAAUGCGACAUUGACAUUCGUAAGGAUCUGUACGCCAACAACGUGCUGUCUGGCGGUACCACCAUGUACCCUGGUAUCGGUGACAGGAUGCAGAAAGAGAUCACAGCUUUGGCUCCCAGCACCAUGAAGAUCAAGAUGAUUGCCCCUCCUGAGCGUAAAUACUCAGUCUGGAUCGGCGGCUCCAUCUUGGCUUCCCUGUCCACUUUCCAGCAGAUGUGGAUCAGCAAAGAUGAGUACGAGGAGGCCGGACCCUCCAUUGUCCACAGGAAGUGCUUCUAAAUCCCUCCUCUAUCAUUCUCCUCUGUCCUGGACUCUCCUUCUAAUCUUUGCACCAUGUCACGUCUUGUGUUUGUACUGCGGAUGUUUGUUUCAGUUUCCCCUGUACAAGGAUUCACAUCUACAGCCACAAUAAAUUGUUCAAUAAAUACAUUUACAUAUUUUCAA